UAUCUGCAUUGAAAAAUAAAACAUACUUAAAUUACAUAAAUACUUAUGAUGAUCUAAGACGGUAAAAUAUAAAAGAUCAAACACACGUAUAUACGCACUAAUAACCUAGAUCGUGAGCUUCUUUGAUCUAAUCUCUUCGAGGACUCUUACUCAUGACUUCUCCUCUUCCUCCUCCUUUCUUCGACGUCUCGUCAGCCGCAGCAGUGACAAAUUCACCUGACCUAACCAUCGUCGGGUUCUUGAAGUCAUCAGAUUCGUUCCCACUCUAUCUCCUAAUAGCGAUGAUCGUUUACAUCUUCCAACUCCGCUAUUGUAACUGCUCGGUUGAGCACAAACCAAAACCCUUGAAGAAAGAAAUUUUAAAAUCUCUCCCGAAACUGACGUUGUCGUCGCGUGAAUGUGCUGUGACUGUAAGGGUUUGUAGGUGUGUAAUAUGUCUUGAGGAUUACGUGGCAGGUGAUGUGGUGCGGGUUUUACCACAGUGUGGACAUGAGUUCCACGCUAUCUGCAUAGACAAAUGGUUUCAGUUAGGCUCCACUUGUCCUUCCUGCCGAAGCAUCCCAGUUUUUGUAUCACCACUUUGA